AUGAGCGCAACAGCAAUCCAGAUUCCAUUCGCUCCGACGAGCUUCUCGUCACUAUCCCCGGUCGAGUCCAUUGUCUUCGAUGCAAAAGCACUUCAAAAAGCAACAGAAAUCCUGAACGUCAUCUAUCGGUAUCGCGCACCCGUUCCCGAAUCCGUAGAGGAUCGCAGCGAUGAAGGAACCUUGAAGUUCCUCCCUCUCAUCUAUUCGCGAGUGAAAGCGCAGCAGGCGAUUCAAUUGAUCCUACCGGCCUUUCCAUUCAAGUCUCCAAACCGCGCGAACAAGGUCCUGGGUGCCUUGCCAGAUAAGGGGGAAGAGACUGCCCUGUCACACCUGAAUGGCCUAUGUGCGGCAAUUACGGAUAUCUAUGAGCCUGGUGCGAUAUUGACUAUUGCCUCCGAUGGUCUUGUAUACAAUGACCUCCUAGGAGUGCCCGAUUCAGAAGUCUACGCAUACGGACAGUCUCUUCGACAACUCGUCCUCGACCAGGAAUACAAUCACAUCCAAUUCAUUCGACUCCAGCACCUCCUUCACGUACAUGAGGACAUGCCCCUUGACGCAGCUACCUACGUGAGCCUUGCAGGAAGCUUCCGACAGAGACUGGUGGAGAACUACACACCCCUGGACUACGACUGUGCCGCCAGUAUCAAGGAGGACAAGGAUGUGUGCGCGACCUAUCGAGGCUACAUCAAGUUCCUCACCAAGGACCUGGAGCACACGUUCAUCGACGACGGAAGCGUUUCGAAGCGUUCCCACAAGCAAAAGCUUGAAUCGAUCGCCAAGGAGAUGAUCGUCCGUGGCAAGGCCUUUGCAGAGGCAAUUCGGAAGAACUACGCAGACCACAUCCGUCUAUCGAUUCAUCCAUCCGCCGGAUCCACCAAGAUCUCGAUCAAAGUGUUGCCGCUGGCUCUCCACGCCGUGACGCCCUGGCACUCCUCUCCGUGCUUCACCGUCGACGGACGAAUUGAGUACGGCAUGCGCGAGGUAUUCGAUAGCCGCGACGACGUGGAGUUAGUACACAAGAACGGAAGACCAUGGUACUACCGCGUCAAAUCGGACCUGUACGCCUGGUCGGAGCCGGUGGAGAUCGAGCCCCAAUACCCCUGUGGCCUGAUCAUCCGACCCACAGAGAGUAAUAUGUCCGUGACGCAUCUGGACAUGCUCAAGAUCCGUGAACUAGCCCAGGAGAACUCCCCCUUGAUUCUCCGCGGCUUCAACGACACCCGUGACAGAGAGCUGUUUGUCAAGAAGGCCGAGGAAAUGGGAACUCCCAUGCCCUGGAAAUUCGGCUUGAUACUUGAGGUCAAGGACCACGGCAGUGAAUCCCAGGGUCUCAAUAAUGUGCUUUCUGCCGAGUGGAUGCCAUUCCACUACGAUGGUCUUUUCAAAGUUUCAAAGGAGGUCGAUGCGGAUGGGAAAGAAGUCACGGUUUCUUGUCCGCCUAAGUUCCAAUUUUUCACCGGCAUGACUCCCUCUCCAAAGGACACAGGCUUCACGCUCUUCAGCGCCUCUCACCUCAUCUGGCACUAUCUUCCUCAGAACUACACGCUGGAACAGCUCGCGAAGCUGUCCUGGACAGUGAAAACCAUUUCCUUCGAUGAGGCCAAAAUCACCGACUUGCCUCUCGUCGUUCCACACUUUGCUCACAACAGGCCCUGUCUUCGGUACCAUGAGCCUUGGCCGCAAGAGAAAACGGCCUUCGACCCGACAUACAUCACGAUCCAGGACGUGCCCAACUCCGCGGAAAUAUGCCAGAUGCUGGAUUCUUUGCUUCAUGAUCGUCGUGUUGCUUAUUGGCAUUCGUGGGAGGAGGGCGACUGGGUGAUCAGUGAUAAUGUGACUAUGAUGCAUACGCGGAGCUCGUUUACGGCCAAGUCGGAUCGGUGCUUGAGGAGGAUUCAUGUUGAUUGA